CGCCGCGCUCAGCGGUGGCGGUCGCGGCGACAGGCCGGGCGAGGCAGCAGGUUAGCCCGGGCCGCCCUACUCUGCAGGCGUCUCGGAAGUGCAAGUUGCGCCGCCAGAGCCCUGCGCCGGGAAAGCACUGGCCGGCCGGCCGCUCCUGAGGCCGGCUCCUCCAGGCGCUCGCAGGCAUGCAGCCCGGGAGCAGGCGGAGCGCCCGGGGCCGCUACUGAGUCCGCGGAGCUGCGGGGACCCGCGCCAGCCGGGCCCCUCCCACCUCAUCCAGGGGCCCACGAGCGACCGCCCUACACCUAGUCUUCGCGCGCAGCCCCGCCAGCGCCAACCCCUGCGGGCUGGAGGGGCUCAUGCAGCCGCCAAGGUCCCAGAGAUGGAACGCAGGCUCUGGCUUGGCAGCAAGCACCUUCACCCACUGAGCCAUCUUAUUGGCUGCUUCAAAUGAGAGGAUGUCGUUAAAUGGCUUCAGGGUAUGGUUUCAGGGAGAGGCUAGUGGUAACAGGCCGAGCUGGAUGGAUGGGCAUGGGGAGAGGGGCAGGACGUUCAGCCCUGGGAUUGUGGCCGACCCUCGCCUUCCUUCUCUGCAGCUUUCCCGCAGCCAUCUCCCCCUGCAAGAUCCUCAAGUGCAACUCUGAGUUCUGGAGCGCCACGUCAUCAGGCAGCCACGCCCCUGCCUCUGACGACGUGCCAGAGUUCUGUGCUGCCCUGCGCACCUACGCCCUGUGCACGCGGCGGACUGCCCGCACCUGCCGGGGCGACCUGGCUUACCACUCGGCUGUCCAUGGCAUAGAGGACCUCAUGAGCCAGCACAACUGCUCCAAGGAUGGCCCCACCUCACAGCCACGAGUGCGCACGCUCCCGCCAGCUGGGGACAGCCAGGAGCGCUCGGAUAGCCCCGAGAUCUGCCACUACGAGAAGAGUUUCCACAAGCACUCAGCUGCCCCCAACUACACUCACUGCGGCCUCUUUGGGGACCCACACCUCAGGACUUUCACAGACCACUUCCAGACGUGCAAGGUGCAAGGAGCCUGGCCUCUCAUCGACAAUAAUUACCUGAACGUGCAAGUCACCAAUACACCUGUGCUGCCCGGCUCUGCUGCCACCGCCACCAGCAAGCUCACGAUCAUCUUCAAGAACUUCCAGGAGUGUGUGGACCAGAAGGUCUACCAAGCUGAGAUGGACGAACUUCCAUCUGCCUUUGCUGAUGGCUCCAAAAAUGGAGGAGAUAAACAUGGAGCCAACAGCCUGAAGAUCACAGAGAAGGUGUCGGGCCAGCACGUGGAGAUCCAGGCCAAGUACAUCGGCACCACUAUCGUGGUACGCCAGGUGGGCCGCUACCUGACCUUUGCCGUCCGAAUGCCCGAGGAGGUAGUCAACGCUGUGGAGGACCGUGACAGCCAAGGCCUCUACCUCUGCCUGCGGGGCUGCCCACUCAACCAGCAGAUCGACUUCCAGGCUUUCCGUGCCAACGCUGAAAGCCCUCGUAGGUCGGCAGCUGCCAGCCCCGCUCCUGUGGUCCCCGAGACGUUUCCAUAUGAGACAGCUGUGGCCAAGUGCAAAGAGAAGCUGCCUGUAGAAGACCUGUACUACCAGGCCUGUGUCUUCGACCUCCUCACAACUGGCGAUGUGAACUUCACGCUGGCCGCCUACUAUGCUCUGGAGGACGGCAAGAUGCUUCAUUCAAACAAGGACAAGCUACACCUGUUUGAAAGGACUCGGGAGCUGCCAGGUGCUGUGGCCGCCGCAGCGUUUCCCUUGGCCCCCCAGAUGCUCCUUGGCACCCUCACCCUCCUGGUCCUCUUGCCUGUAUUGUGGUAGACAUUUGGCCAUGUAGGAUACAGAGGAAAGUAUAGACUCUGCCGCGAGCCUUGGGCUCCUGCCCCUGGCUUCUCCUUUGUCUGAGGGCCCAAGUCGGCAUCAGGGUGCAGCCCAGCAGGUGGGCUCCCUGUGACCCAGUGUUCUCUGCAGACCAUUCAGCAGCAGAGGUGGCCUCUGGCUGAUGGCCUGAACAUGGUGCCCUCAGAGCCGUCGUCAGAUGUUUCGGCUGGGGCUAAGGGUGCGUGGGACAGCUCUCCCCUCUCGAUUAGUGCACGCGACAAGGUUGUGGUGAUUGAUGCUGUGUUUUUGUGACAGUAGAGUUGUGUGAAGGGGAGAGCAGCUCCCUCCACCCCAACCCCACCGUGUGAAUGUGCGAACCAGAGCCCCCUAAGCUGGAGUCCCACCCCCACCCCCACAGAGACACUGGGAAAGUCGGCUCCUUCCACACCCUCCCAAUGCACUGAGACAGGCCCGGCUGACUGCUGCACACCUACUCUGGGGCCUCUGUGCCCUACCACACGCACGCGCACACACUGUUACACAAGCACACUCGCACACACUAAGCCCAUGGGGACACCGCAAGACCUGACGUCAGUAGGGCUGAGGCAUCUACACGGUUCUGUCCCCAGGCAGGUCCCCCUUAGCAGUAUGAUACCCCCCAGAGGGCCCUGCUCAGUAUCUUUAGCAAAUGGAUGUAACCUUGUAGCCAAUAGGCUGUGUCCUCCUGGUACCUUCCUACCCAGUGCUACACAGAGACUGUCCUGUGCACCCAGCUACUGUGGAUGUGUCCGAGGUGCCAUUUCCAGGCAGGUGCCUAGAAAGCCCCACAGUUGGAAGGGAGGGUGUGAUUUGGCCUGAGGUCUAAGCAGUACCACUCAUGGGCUCAGAACCCCCUCUCGGGCUCCACCCUUUGCCCCUCUCCCAUUGCACUUAAGAAAUCAAAGUGCUUGGUUCUGAAUGUUUCAACAGAGACGUGAUCCUCCGGUUCCUGCCAUCACCACCCCUACUCUACCCCUCGCCCUCACCCCUGCCCCUGCCAGCAGACAUAAGAGCCCCCCUCCUAAGAGGGGCCCUGGGGCCUCAGAGCAUGAGCAGCAGACCCAGUGGAUAGGGCCAGCUGGCCUGCCCUGUCCUCUGCUCCUUCACUUGCCUCCUAGACUUCCCUGGCUGCUGGUCGGUCAGCAGUUCCACCCCCAGCCCUCGUGUCUGCAUUUCUUUGUGGGGAUUGGGGGGAGCAUCAUGUAAGAGGCCUUCCUGCACCACGUACCCUGGCAGGCUCUCCUCCCACUAGAACCUUCUUUCAACUCUCUGGCCACAGCCAGAGGCCUGUCACUGGGAGCCUAGCUUUCUUUCCUUCAGCUCGAGGCGAGAGUCCAUCCACAGAGCCCAGAGCCAUUCCCAUCUCUGCUGCUGUUCCAGAGGCCCCCAAGGGACCAGCACAACCGUGCAGCCAGGCCCCUGGGCCACCCAGCCAGCGGCCCUGCAGAGCCCACCCAAGCCCCACUUAAUGUUUAUAGCAGCCCUCUGCUGCUCCCCAGGGAUCUCUCCAUACACUGGCCAGGAGGCUGCAGAACCUGCCUCUCCCUCCCAGAGGUCCCAACCCCUGCCAAAACCACGUGGGUAGCUGGGAGGGGUCCGCUCCACCCCUCCUCCUCCCUGCUGGUUUUUUAGCUAUCCCUAUGUUGGAAGUAAAAGAGUUGAAGCACUUUAUUUUGGUUGUGUUUGAUCACGUUCUGCUUGGAAGUGAGGACCCCUCACUGAGUCCACAUGUCUGCGACCCGUGUGGAGUGCCACUGCGUGUACAUACUGUAAAUUAUUUAUUAACGGCUAAAUGCAAGUAAAGUUUGUUUCGUUUUGUUAUUUUCUUUUA